UCCCAGCAUUCCCGGCGCUUUCUUCCUGACUGGAAGCUCUGGACUCGCACUCGAUCAGCUGGUGCGAGACUUCGCAUUGCUUUGCGAGCGCACUGGCUGGUAGGGAGGUUGUGAUGCUGCGUCCCAAGGCCCUGACGCAGGUGCUGAGCCAGGCCAACACGGGAGGAGUCCAGAGCACCCUGCUUCUGAACAAUGAGGGCUCCCUCCUUGCAUAUUCGGGUUAUGGAGACACAGAUGCCAGAGUCACUGCUGCUAUUGCCAGCAACAUCUGGGUAGCUUAUGACAAGAAUGGGCAUCAAGCUUUCAAUGAGGAUAACUUGAAGUUCAUCCUAAUGGACUGUAUGGAGGGUCGUGUUGCAAUCACCAGAGUUGCCAACCUGCUGCUGUGCAUGUAUGCAAAAGAGACGGUGGGCUUUGGCAUGCUGAAAGCAAAGGCUCAGGCUUUGGUCCAGUAUCUUGAAGACCCACUUACGCAGGUGGCUGCUUCCUGAGCAGGUGAUGGAGCCCAAAGGUGGAACCAAGUUGUUGCACCCGUCUCUUGUUGGGAGCAAUUUUCAGAACAAGCUGUUCUACUGAGAUGAUCCUGUGGACUCUGCUUCCCAGCAACCUUGAUGAUCGCUGUGUGUGUGUGGUAGCACCGAAUGUUUCAAAAGUGGAAAUGACAGUGAGGAGGAGAAUUAAAAAGGGUGUUCUUA